GACCACGACACAGUUACAGCUGCAGCAGAAAGGACUGAGAGGCAGAGAGAGCUCGGGCUGAGGAGACAAACAAUCCAGCAGAGAGUCCAGGACACAGAGAAAGAUGUGAAGCUGCUUCAACAGGAGGAGAAGGCCGUCAAUGGCUCUGCUGAUAAAGCAGUGGAGGACAGUGAGAAGAUCUACACUGAGCUGAUCUGUUUGCUGGAGAAAAGAAGCUCUGAUGUGAAGCAGCAGAUCAGAUCCCAGCAGCAAACGGAAGUGAGUCGAGUCAGAGAGCUUCAGGAGAGACUGGAGCAGGAGAUCACUGAGCUGAAGAGGAAAGACCAUGAACUGAAGCAGCUCUCAGACACAGAGGAUCACAACCAGUUUCUACACAACUACCCCUCAAUGUCACCACUCAGUGAAUCUACACACUCAUCCAGCAUCAGGAUCCGUCCUCUGAGGAACUUUGAGGACGUGACAGCAGCUGUGUCACAGGUCAGAGGUCAACUGCAGGACAUUCUGAGUGAGACAGAGACAAAGAUUUUACAGAUUGUGUCUCAAGUGGAUGUUUUACUGCCACAACCAGAGCCCAAGACCAGAGCUGACUUCUUAAAGUAUUCACAGGAAAUCACACUGGAUCCAAACACAGCACACAGACGUAUGUUAUUAUCUGAGGGAAACAGAAAAGUAACAUAUAUGAGUACAGUACAGUCUUAUUCUAAGCACCCAGACAGAUUCAUUAAUUGGCCUCAGGUCCUGAGUAGAGAGAGUCUGACUGGACGUUGUUACUGGGAGGUGGAGGUGAAGGUGGUGGGGAGAGGAGCAGUUGCUGUAGCAGUCACAUACAAGAAUAUC